UUAGAAGUGGCAUGUUUUUUAAACAAGAAGGAUUUUAUCUAACUCUACUAAAAUAUAGUUAGAUUGAAGAAAUAUAAUUAAAAAAAGUAUAGUGUGAUAAUAUUUAAAAAUAGCAAUGUCCAAUAAGGCUCUAAAUUUACGUGUACAACUUCAGAACAUUAUAGCUUCGGGAGGAUCUCACAAAGAUCAAGCUGAAAAAUAUAGGUCCACCCUUGAAGGUAUACUACAAGAGAGUGGUACUGAUUUAAUUGAAUGCUUACAAACUUUUAUUGAAGCAAUUCUAAAUGAAAAUGUAAGUUUAGUAAUUUCUCGACAAAUUCUAACUGAAAUUAGUGCACAUCUAAUGAAACUUAAGGAUGAUGUGUCAAAAGCAGUGUCACACUAUAUGUUAGAUAAAGUUCAGCCAAGGGUGAUAUCUUUUGAAGAACAAGUAGCUAGCAUAAGACAACAUUUAGCUCUUAUUUAUGAAAGGAAUCAAAUGUGGAGGGAAGCAGCAGUUGUAUUAGUCGGAAUACCACUAGAAACAGGCCAAAAACAGUACACAGUUGAUUACAAACUAGAGACAUAUUUAAAGAUUGCCAGGUUAUAUUUAGAAAAUGAUGAUCCUGUUCAAGCUGAGGCUUUCAUAAACAGAGCAUCCUUACUACAAGCUGAAUCCCGAAAUGAACAACUUCAAAUAUACUACAAAGUUUGUUAUGCCAGAGUUUUAGAUUAUAGAAGAAAAUUCAUUGAAGCUGCCCAGAGAUAUAAUGAGCUCUCUUAUAGAACAAUAGUGCAUGAAGAUGAAAGAAUGACAGCUUUGAGGAAUGCUUUGGUAUGUACUGUUUUGGCCUCGGCAGGACAGCAAAGGUCGAGGAUGUUAGCUACUCUGUUCAAAGAUGAAAGGUGCCAGCAGUUGCCUGCUGUUGGAAUUUUGGAGAAAAUGUAUCUUGAAAGGAUUAUUAGGAGAUCUGAACUUAGAGACUUUGAAGCUUUACUUCAACCUCAUCAAAAAGCUUCUACAGUAGAUGGUUCCACAAUUUUAGAUAGAGCUGUAAUAGAACACAAUCUAUUAUCUGCUAGUAAGUUGUAUAACAACAUAAGCUUUGAAGAGUUGGGUGCUUUACUAGAAAUUGUACCGUCUAAAGCUGAAAAAAUUGCCAGCCAAAUGAUAACUGAAGGUAGAAUGAAUGGCUACAUUGAUCAGAUUGAUUCGAUAGUUCAUUUUGAAACACGGGAGACAUUGCCACAGUGGGAUAAACAAAUUCAGUCCCUUUGUUACCAGGUUAAUUCCAUCAUCGAGAGUAUCUCAAAACAUCAUCCAGAAUGGAUGUUGAAGGUAAUGGAUGAGCAGAUGGUGUCAUAAACUCCUGUCAAUGAAACUAGCAGAUAUAUUAGGUUGUCACUAUUUAAAUUGAAUAGUAUGUCGGUUGAUGUGUCUAUUAUUUAAAAGAGAUAUUUUUAUUACAAUUUAUCAAUAAUAAAGAUGAGUGUGACUGUAUUACAAAAGCUUGUGUUCUGUAUAAAUAAACAAUAACAGUUUUGUGUGACUUGUAUUGAGAUUUAGUUCAUAAAUAUAUAUCAUAUAGUUUAA